AUGGAGCUAUUCAGAGCGAGUGAGGCACUGCUUCGCUCAUCGCAGCCAUUGCUGCCAUUCCUCGCGCCGGCUGCCUAUAGAACAUCGACCACCCGAGCAGCAGCGCCAAUCGCUCGACACUGCAGAGGACGAACCCAACACCACACAUCACGACCCUUCACAACUGCGCAACCCCGGAGACAAGCAGAUGGCCCACCCUCAGGCGCCGAGACCGUCAGCGACAACAUCUCCUCCUUCCUAGACAGCGCUCUCGAUCUCGGCGGCAAAUCACCCACAUCACGACACUCAUCCAGAGAUGCACAACAGAACAACCCACCUUCGCAGGGACUAGCCAACGAAAAUGCCGCAUCCAACCCAGACCGCACCAAAUCUUCCUUUGACGACAUCCUCGACUCCUUCUCCUCCAGCAGGCCCAGCGCUCCCCCUCAGCGCCGGUCCCCCAAUACCCAACUCCCCCACGAAACCAUAAGCGCCAUGCUGGAGCCCAUCAACUACUCCUCCUCCCGCCUCGGCGCCCCUCCCCCGGAAAUCGACGAGGGCCCACCACUGAAGUUGGGUCCUACUCUGGGACGCACGGUGGAGGUCAACGCCGCUCGGGGGAUGGAUGUGGGAAAGGCUUUCCGGAGCUUGGAAACGUUGUGUGGCAGGAAUAGCGUGAAGCGAGAUUUCCAGAUGCAGAGGUUCCAUGAAAGGCCGGGGAUGAAGAGGAAGAGGCUGAAGAGUGUAAGGUGGAGGAGGCAUUUCAAGAAGAAUUUCAAGGCGACUGUCGUGCUUGUGCAGAAGAUGACGAGGCAGGGGUGGUAA